GAUUGGAGAAGAUAAGGUUGGUUUCAAUGGCUGCUGGGUAUUAAAUGUCUUCCCUAGGGGGAUUUCUGACUGUUGUCGCUUCCUGUUUGUUGUCAUGUCAAACUGUGUCCAUCAAGACGAGAGUGAAACUGACGCCCGACGGGGGAGCACACUGGGCGGGCAAGGCGAUGUAAGGAACCGGGGCGCUUAAAUCUUUUAUCUGAAGAAUGGCCGCUUCGGCGAUAUCAGGAUUGGCGUGUCCCCACUAGCUCCUGCCAGAUAUUCUAGAGGAAAACGUUGUUUGCAUCGCUCAAUUAGAAUUAAGGGGGACUCUGCUCUCUACAGCCGGUUUCCGCUGCGCGCAAUCACAGCUCCAGGACCAGCGGUGGAGUCGGUGCGCUCUGGCAGAAAGCAUCCAGCCUCCUCAUUUCAGAGCUCAGACAGCAGUCAGUUCUUCUCUCCAUGCCUCCGAGCCUCAGCUACCGGCCGAUAUUUGCGGAAUCCCUCGCAAUGAAACCGAUAUAAUCCAGCCUGCCUUUUUCUUUUACUUCACAUCGAGGGCAGAAAAGAGGAAAACCCACGCGAGAAACACUCUCUAAGUUUUAGCUUGUCUGUCGCACUGGAGGGGGGGAAGCGAUGGCAGCCCCGGUGAAAGCAGCGUUUGCUCUCCUGGUUCUCACCGUGGCAACUGCCUUGGGUGCGGAGGUGGAGGAGCGGCUGGUGAGUCACCUGUUGUCACCAGAGCGCUACAACAAGCUGAUCAGACCUGCUGUUAAUAACAGCCAGCAGGUCACCAUUUACAUUCAGGUGUCUCUAGCCCAGCUGAUCAACGUGAAUGAGAGGGAGCAAAUCAUGACCACCAACUGUUGGCUCAGUCAGGUAUGGAAUGACUACAGAUUAAUGUGGGACCCGGAAGAGUACGAGGGAAUCAAGAAAAUCCGUCUCCCGUCACAACACAUCUGGCUGCCAGACAUCGUCCUCUACAACAAUGCUGAUGGCACCUAUGAAGUCUCCUUCUACUCCAAUGCUGUGGUCUCCAACAAUGGCGAGGUUGCCUGGCUCCCACCAGCUAUCUACAAGUCAGCCUGCAAAAUCGAAGUCCGUGAUUUCCCUUUUGACCAGCAGAACUGCACCCUCAAGUUUCGCUCCUGGACCUACGACCACACUGAGAUUGAUCUCAUCCUCCUCAGUGAUUUUGCCUCACGUGACGACUUUAAACCCAGCGGUGAGUGGGAUAUUGUUUCACUGCCUGGACGCAAGAAUGAAGACCCUAAUGACAUCAAGUACCUGGAUAUCACCUAUGACUUUAUUAUCAAGAGAAAACCUCUGUUCUACACCAUCAACCUGAUCAUUCCCUGCAUUCUGAUCACGUCGCUGGCUAUUCUGGUGUUCUACCUACCAUCAGACUGUGGUGAGAAGAUGACUCUCUGUAUCUCUGUCCUCUUGGCCCUGACUGUGUUUUUACUCCUUAUCUCAAAGAUUGUGCCACCUACGUCUUUAGCUGUGCCUCUGAUUGGGAAGUACCUGAUGUUUACAAUGGUGCUGGUCACCUUUUCCAUCGUCACCAGCGUUUGCGUGCUUAACGUACACCAUCGGUCCCCCAGCACGCACACCAUGCCACCUUGGGUCAAGCGAGUCUUCCUGUACCGGCUCCCCUCUUACCUUUUCAUGCGGAGACCUGGUAGCUCCAACAUCCGAGAGAGGUUCCGGAAAAAACACCAGCAGCGAUCGUACUCUGACCAGAAGCUGCGUGGAGAGGAUGGAGGGGCUGGAAGUCCUGCAGGAAUGGCAGAUUCAUCCUCAUCCUUCUUCGUGAACGAGGAGUCGGCCAAACGCUACGGCCACAAGAUCAGCGACUUGUCAGAGAACACAGACUUCAGGAAGAGGAUGACGCUCAAGUGCAAUAUUGACGUGGAGGAUGCGGUGGAUGGAGUGCGCUACAUCGCUGAGAAGAUGAAGAGUGAGGAUGAUGAUGAAGGGAUCAUUGAAGACUGGAAGUACGUGGCCAUGGUGAUCGACCGUCUCUUCCUGUGGAUCUUUGUGCUGGUGUGUGUGGUCGGGACUUUGGGCCUCUUCAUGCAGCCUCUGUUCCAGAGUUACAACACGCCCAUUAUUGAUGACAUGGACCAUAAAUAAAAUCUGAAACCUGAACUUUGAUCUCAACAUGACCCAGACAUGAACUUUGAGUCCCCCCCAGAAACAGAGCUCUGACAACAUUUUAACACAUGAACUCACACUUCUGCCUCGCACCACACGCUCACUGGGAAAUGAUAAUUAUGCACUUCAGCCCUCUUCCAUCACCUGGUCCCUUCCUUACUUCCACCCCUUGCCUUUUUCAUCCUCCAUGUCUCCUGCCAUACUCUGAUCCACUCAUCUGUCAUUGACAGAGGAACUUGGAUUUAUUUAUUUUUAGUUAACUUAAUGGAUAAUUCUAGUCUAUAACAACUUGGGUCACAUUUUCAUAGUUUUGGCCAUCAUUCAGUAGAUAGAUGAAGAAUGAUGGAGAUCGUAUUGUUAAUUCAGGAGACCUGGUUAUAUGGCAGCAUUGCUGGUCAACCAAUUACCAGGACACCCCCAUACCCCCAGAUUAGCCAAAUAUGGAAGAGAAAACAAAGUCAAAUUUAUAACCCAAAAUGUCUGUUGUAGCAUCAAUCACAGUUGACUAAUAAACACUGGUGUGUUUAAUUAUAUCAUAAUCAAAAGAAAUAAUGGCCAAAACUAUAAAAAACAAAACCCAAGUUAAAUUAAACCAGAAUCUUUUAAUUUAAAAUAUGAAGUGAAACCACCUAUCAGCCUUGAUGCUCUUUCUUGGCGAUCAAUAUAGAUCUGCAGUUCUCCAAGGAUUGAAAUGUAAUUUUCUAUUUCUAUUUAAAAAUAAAACCUUUACCCGAAAUGGUCAAGUUUAAAGUAUGUUGACCCCUAUCACUGUUCACAAAGGUUUACCUGGCCAUCAGCAACUCAGGACUUAAUUUUGUUCUCUUUAUAACCGACUUGGAUUUGCUCCUUUCUUCCGUCCCAUCUCUCUUUAUCUAAAUCAAAUUUGAAUGGCCCUAACAUGACAUUAUGGGGGCUAGUAUGCAUACAACAAGACACUAUUCUUUGUUGUUAGUUCUCUUUUUUGUUGACUCAAAGAGAGAAAGAGCCCAAAGAUGAACAAAGCCACCGAAACUCACAAACAGACUCAUUUUGCAGAUAUGGGCCUCACAUUGACAACACAUCCCCCUAAGAGAAGAAGAUGAAUCCCUUCUGUGUAGAUACAUAGAAGACUCACCUCCCUGUGUCCUUUUGCCAAUAGCACACAUACUGUAUGAAAUUCUAAUAUUUGCCUUGAAAAUGAGAACGAGAGGGGACACAAAAUAGCUAACUGUUGGACUGCUCAAAUAAUAAUGGAUGGGUGUGUAAGGGGGUGCCCAGCCUGUUCUUACCCUCACACACACUUCACUGUGUGGAUCUGACAUAAUAGACUGAUCAAAUCUAUGACAAGCUGUGGUUGUGGUGUUUAAAAGCAGCCAUAUUUUAAAUGAAGAAGGGACGUUACAAUAGUGCUAAAAAAAUACAAAACUUAAAACCAAUGACCAUUAGGCUGUUGUUACUCACCAUGCUUCUUUUAAAGGUUCAGUACCCUGGUUUCAUCAAAGCAGUGCUCGUCAGCAUCCAUCACCAAGGAAACCAGCAGCAAUAAAUAUUGUACUGUAUUUUAUACACACUGACCUGGGGGAAAAUUUGCAGUCUGGCUCUUCACAUGCUUUAUCUUCCAUCAUAUUGUAUGCUUGAUUAUCUCAGUCUGUUCUCAGAGACGUUACUUGAAUCCGUGUCCAGUAAUUAUUUCUAAGAGGUAUUAUAACUCGUCACUGUCAUAACUCACUCAUCUGUCACUGCUACCAAAGCUAGCCAAGGAAAAGGUGUACUGUACUAAUCCAGCUGUAUUGAUUGCUUUCAUCUUUGUUUUUUCUGUGGAUGGAAUGAAACAUACUCUUUUUCUGAGUUUUGUCUGUCUAGACAAUAAAUGCUGAGAAUUACAGGAAGCGACUGAGAUGGGAGCUGAUGUCUUGCUAACCGGAUCAAUAAAGGGAAAUGACAGCAACAAGCAGACCUGAUGAAUUACAUGAACAUGAAUCGGUCAUUCUCUCCUGCAGUCUUUCAUUCAACAUUAAACAUAAACAUGUCUCAGUUUCUAUAUUAAGCUCAGUAUCUCUCCUCCAGCUCUUUCACUCUUAUGUGUGUGUUUAACAAGUUAUUUGAGUAUCACCUUGUUAAGGAUGUGACAAAGUAAAAGCUUAAACACC